CCUCCCGGCCGCGCAGGAUGGAGCCUCCGGCCAGCGCGCAGACCCCGCACCCCCACGAGCCCAUCAGCUUCGGCAUCGACCAGAUCCUCAACAGCCCGGACCAGGACAGCGCGCCCGCCCCGCCCGCCCCCCGGGGCCCCGACGGCGCCGGCUACCUGGGGGCCCCCGCGGGCCGGCCGGCCGCCGCCUACCCUUCGCUCCCCGCCUCCUUCGCCGGGCUCGGGGCGCCCUUCGACGAGUCGGGAUCUUACAGUGUCAACCUGAGCCUGGCCCCCGCCGGGGUCAUCCGGGUGCCGGCCCACAGGCCGCUGCCCGGGGCCGUGCCGCCGCCGCUGCCCAGCGCGCUGCCCGCCAUGCCCGCCGUGCCCGCCGUGCCCAGCCUGGGCGGACUCAACUUCCCCUGGAUGGAGAGCAGCCGGCGCUUCGUCAAGGACAGGUUCACAGCGGCGGCCGCCCUCACGCCCUUCACUGUGACCCGGCGGAUCGGUCACCCCUACCAGAACCGGACCCCGCCGAAGCGCAAGAAGCCGCGCACGUCCUUCUCUCGGGUGCAGAUCUGCGAGCUGGAGAAGCGCUUCCAUCGCCAGAAAUAUUUGGCCUCGGCCGAGAGGGCGGCGCUCGCCAAAUCCCUCAAGAUGACCGACGCUCAGGUCAAGACCUGGUUCCAGAACCGGAGGACCAAGUGGAGGCGACAGACGGCGGAGGAGCGGGAGGCCGAGCGGCAGCAGGCGAGCAGGCUGAUGCUGCAGCUCCAGCACGACGCCUUCCAGAAGAGCCUCAACGACUCCAUCCAGCCGGACCCUCUGUGUCUGCACAACUCCUCGCUCUUCGCGCUGCAGAACCUGCAGCCUUGGGAGGAGGAGGGAGCCAAGGUGCCGGCGGUCACCUCGCUGGUCUGAGCCGGACCCCCCCCGAGCGCGCUCCUGCCCCGGCCGGGACCAGGGCCGGGAGCUCCC